CCCUGGAGGGCAGCGGAAGCUUUGUUCCUGUUUAGAUUCCUGUUCUGUUUAAUCUCUUGCUACGCGUGGGAAGCUGCAUAAUGAGAUACCAUUAUCAAAUAAUGUGCUUUCCAAUUCAAACAGCAUGACAGACAGGAUAUAAUGUGUAUCCACUGUUGUUGAGGGUACGAAGACUCCUGGCAAGUUUCUCCCUCUCACAUGAUUGAUUUCAUUCUGCCCUGGCAGGACUAAAAAGCUUAGCUUGUGGCUGUGACUGUUUGUGGGUUUCUCUGAGGCUUGUUUGAACCCAUCCCAGCUCCAGGGUCUUUAUGUAUGUGUGCGUGCGCGAUUGUGUGCGUGCUCGCUGGGAGGGAAAGGGGUAUCUCGUGCUCCACUAUAUAAAGGGUCGUUGUGCAGCACCCCAGCAACAAGCCUCCAGAUCUUCACCGGCUCUCUCCUCCAUCAUCAUUGCUGCAGCCGACUCUGCUCCUCAGUGACGAUGACUUCCCUGCUGACAGCGCUGGGCACUGUGCUCUGCUUCCUGACGGUUUCCUCUGAGAUCAUGCCACAGGCUGACUUCAAUCUGCAGGAGAUGGCAGGAAAGUGGUAUCUGAUUGGAUUUGCCACCAAUGCCCAGUGGUUUACCGUCCGCAGAGCCAGCAUGAAGAUGGGCACGGCCGUGUUCACCCCUACUGCCGAUGGGGACCUGGACAUGUCCUACGCCAGUCUCACCUCUGAUGGCUCUUGUUGGAGAAUGAGCGGCCUGGCGAAAAAGACUGACAUGCCUGGAAGGUUCAGAUACACCAGUGAGAGCUGGGAGAAUGACAACGACAUGCGCAUGGUUGAUGUCAAGUACGACGAGUACGCUCUGACUCACACCAUCAAGACCAAGGGAAGCGAUAUCACCAUUGUCAACAAACUAUAUGGUCGUGGAGUUCACCUCAGCCCAGAUCUGCUGGAGAAGUUCAGGCAGUUCUCCUUGGAGACCGGCAUCCUGCCCGGGAACGUUGCUUUCCUGCCAAGAAAUGGGGAGUGCCCACCUGCUUAGUUUUCUGCCUCGGUCGUCGCCCGUCAGCGAUGCUGACGACGUUUACCAUUGUUGUGAAUACUACAAUCAAUCAAAGUUUUUCCAGUUGAUUUAAUUUGAUCUUUGAAAUGUUGUAUUAAGAAGUGAGUAAACCUGAUGUGAAACAUAAAAAAUGCUCUGCUUAUAA